AUGCCAUUCCCCUCUUGGACAAUCGGCUGCAUCUAUGGCGCCAGCUCCGUCAUGCUCGGUGCAUUCGGCGCCCACGGCCUCAAGAAACGCAUCUCAGAUCCCGCGAAAAUCGCAGCAUGGGGAACAGCGGCGCACUACCAGCUCAUCCACUCCACCGCCCUCCUCGUCACAGCUGUCGCGGCGCCCCGCUCCGUAGUCGCCGGAUCGCUGUUCACAGCCGGCAUGACGAUGUUCAGUGGAAGUAUUUAUCUGCUGACACUGGAUCCGGAGAGGUUUCGGCCGCUGGGACCGGUUACGCCGCUGGGAGGCUUGUGCCUGAUUGGGGGCUGGGUUGCGUUAGCUUUCACGAGGAGGAUUCCGCUGAGGCUGUGA